AUGGCAGCUCGCCAACUUCUCUUGUGGCUUCGGAUGGACUUGCAUGACGAAGCUCCGUUGCUCCUCCUCCACGGACCUACAGAUUCACGCUUCUUUAGCACUGUCUCCCGCUUCCCUCCCUGCCCGCAUCCUCCUCAUCAAAGCACUGCUCCCCGCCUUUCUCCGCUUCACCUUAUCUCUCCGCCUACUUCUCCUUUAGGGACUUCUGGCCCACAGCUCUGUGAGCGUUUGCGCUGCAGAGAGCGCUCACGAGGGGGCGGGGAAUGGGGACUGCUGAUGGGGCUGGCGGAGGCUAUAGAGGAUGUGUUUGGUGUUGAAGAUGGCGGGGCGGUGGAGUGGGGGGGAGGGGGGCUGAAGGGGGGUGAAGGAGGGGUUGCUGCUGGGGCGGGCGGAGGUCAUAGACUCAUAGACACACGCCCCAACGGGCACACCGCUCAGCUCUCCCAGGCGCUAUCCCCUCCCUUCCCCAUACCCUCUCGCUCCGCCUCUCUCUUCCCACCCCCCCCAGCUAUGAUGCACCUCUCCGCACAGUACCUGCUUCUCACGUACCGAUUUCUGGCCCAUAAAUCCCCCACCUCUGCAACAUGGGCGCACUGUUCACAGGGAACCCGCGGGCUUCCAAGUGCACUCCUUCCAGGGCUCCACCGCACCUUCCUCUCACCACCCUUACCCUCUUUUCUUUCCUCCUCCACUCCUCUCUUCACCAGCUUCACACCUGCCUCUCCUACACCCACUUCUGGCCUACUGAAACCACGCUCCUACGCCCCGCACCUGCUUCUCCCACGCCAUCUUCUGCCCCACGGACUCCCCCAUACCCACGGCACGGGCGCACUGCUCACCCAAGAAGAGGUUGCUGCCAUGGCAGAGCUGCACGGGAGGCUGCAGGUGAAGCUGGGUGAGGCCCGGCUGCUGGGUUCCCCGUGGCGGUUUUUGAGGAUGGCCGGGCAGAGGGAGGAGGAGGUGUGUGAGAGCCGCAUGCCAGCAGUAGCAGACCGCGUGGUGCUGCGCAAGCUGGCCCAGGACAUGUGUGAGUGGUCGCGCCUGCUGGUGAGUGACCACAAUGCCCAUUUUUUCUCUGCACCCAUCUCCCCACCACCCUCCCUCACCCCUCUUCCCCAACCCUCUCCCCCACCCCUCUCCCUCACCCCUCUCCCCCAACCCUCUCCCCCACACCUCUCCCCCAUCUCUCUCCCCCACCCGCUUGCCCCAACGGCCUCUACCCACCCGUCUCCCCUCCCUGCUUUCCCGCACCUCUCCCCCACUCUCCGCACGCCCCACCCUUACCCCUCUCUGCCACGCCUCUCUCCCAACACUUCCCUAAACCUCUUUCCCAAGCCUCUCCCCCAAACCUCUCGCCCAACCCGCUCCCCAACCCCUUUUCCCCCACGCCUCCCGCCUGUGCCUCCCCUCCACGCCUCCUUCCAACACCUCCCCCUCUCACGCCUUGGCCACACGCCUCUCCCCCACCGUCUUCCUCCCCCAUGCCCUGAUCCUGCCGGGAGGAGUCAGCUGGCGAGGAGGCAGUGGGAUCCAGUGGCUAGCGCAAGUCAAUCGGAACACAACUGGCCUGCGAUGGACCUUGGUGUCGCCCGACUGCUCUCCAGCAGUGACCCCAUCGUCGUGGGAUUGGUUGAGAUAACGACUAGGACAACACUCAAGCAACGAUGCAUGAUGGGCCUAUUCAGCAGGCGCAAGGCCAAGAUGACCACUAUUAUCACGUCUCCCUCUGGGCACUUGGCAUUUUCUCUGGCAGGCAGUGUGCUCCGCCUCCUCUGA